AGAAACAGGGGGAGUGUGAGCAGAGACAGGGGGAGUGUGAGUGUGAGCAGAGACAGUGAGAUUGUGAGCACAGAACAGAGACAGAGAGUGAGAUUGUGAGCACAGGACAGAGACAGACAGUGAGUGUGAGCACAGGACAGAGACAGUGAGUGUGAGCACAGGACAGAGACAGUGAGAUUGUGAGCACAGUACAGAGACAGACAGACAGUGAGUGUGAGCACAGGACAGAGACAGACAGUGAGUGAGCACAGGACAGAGACAGACAGUGAGUGUGAGCACAGGACAGAGACAGUGAGAUUGUGAGCACAGUACAGAGACAGACAGACAGUGAGUGUGAGCACAGGACAGAGACAGACAGUGAGUGAGCACAGCACAGAGACAGACAGUGAGUGAGAUUGUGAGCACAGGACAGAGACAGACAGUGAGAUUGCGAGCACAGGACAGAGACAGACAGUGAGAUUGUGAGCACAGGACAGAGACAGACAGUGAGAUUGUGAGCACAGGACAGAGACAGACAGUGAGAUUGCGAGCAGGGAUUUAGAGAUAUAAACCAGUGAAGGCCACAAGUUUAGUAUUGAGGAUGAGGAAGAGUUUGAAAAAGAGAGAGGGAAACAGUGAUAGAGGGAGCUACUGUUAGACUGAGACAAAAUCACAUAGAGAGACUGAGAGACAGUGAUAGAGUGUGAGUGAGGGCUAGUUAGUCAGACAGUGAUAGAGUGUGAGUGAGGGAUAGUUUGUGAGACAGUGAUAGAGAGUGUGAGUGAGGGUUAGAGUUAGUGAGACAGUGACAGAGAGUGUGAGUGAGGGAUAGAGUUAGUAAGUCAGUGACAGAGUGUGUGAGUGAGGGUUAGAGUUAGAGAGACAGUCAGUAGAGUGCAGGGUCUGUCUGUCGGGGGAUGUAGAGACAGCACAGGGAGGUACCUAUCUGUGGGGGAGUGUCAGUAGGAGGGUCAGUCUCCGGCCUGGCUGGGUGAGGAUGCUGUGGAGGUCCAGCACUGCAGGCUGAAGAACACACUGCCCAAACUGAGAUCUUUGCCAUGUCACUAACCCCCCCGAACAGCAAUGACGCCUGUCUCAGCAUUGUGCACAGCCUGAUGUGCCACCGGCAGGGGGGGGAGAACGAAGGCUUUGCCAAGAGAGCCAUCGAGAGCCUGGUGAAGAAGCUAAAAGAGAAGAAAGAUGAGCUUGACUCGCUGAUAACUGCCAUCACCACGAACGGGGUGCAUCCCAGCAAGUGCGUUACCAUCCAGCGCACCUUGGACGGAAGACUGCAGGUGGCUGGCAGGAAGGGAUUUCCUCAUGUUAUAUAUGCACGACUGUGGCGUUGGCCCGACCUGCACAAGAAUGAGCUGAAGCACGUUAAGUUCUGUCAAUUUGCCUUUGACCUGAAGUACGACAGUGUUUGUGUUAAUCCAUAUCACUAUGAGCGUGUGGUGUCCCCAGGCAUCGGACUGAGUAUACCAAGCUCUGCAAGUACUCCUUGUCGUUCAGUUAAAGAAGAAUAUACCCAUGAGUGUGAGAUGGAAUCGUCUUCAUGUCUCUCUGUACCCCAAGAUCUCCCACCGCCCAUCAAACGGGUUACACUACCACCAAUGCCUCCUUCAGAGUCCUAUCGACAGCCACUCCCCCCGCUUACAUUACCUAAAAGUCCACAGGCUGCCGUCAGCAUAUAUCCCAAUAUGCCUCUGUCACCUUCUGUUGCUCCUGGCUGUCCUCUUGGCCCCCUCACACAUGGGGAUGGACUCUUGCAGAUUGCUCCUUCCCACCAAUCGUUGAUGACCACUUCACCCCCUUCCACGCCAAGCCAAAAUUCACAGCAGAACGGAUACCCAUCCCCGCCCAAACAGCAGUACCUCCCCACGUGGACGGGAAGCAGCACAGCUGCAUAUACCCCUAACCCACCCCAGCAGAACGGGAGGGGGAACCAACAACCAAAUCUGCAUCAUCAAAAUCCAUACUGGCCCCUUCACCAAAGCCCUCCGCAGUACCAGCACCAAGUCUCCAACCACCCAGGCCCAGAAUUCUGGUGUUCCGUUGCCUACUUUGAGAUGGAUGUCCAAGUUGGAGAAAUAUUCAAAGUUCCCUCUAAUUGCCCUGUGGUCACGGUCGAUGGGUAUGUGGACCCAUCUGGUGGUGACAGAUUUUGUCUGGGACAGCUGUCAAAUGUGCAUCGCACAGACACAAGUGAGCGAGCUCGGUUGCACAUUGGUAAAGGAGUGCAACUGGAGUGUCGGGGAGAAGGGGAUGUCUGGAUGAGAUGUCUCAGCGACCACGCUGUAUUUGUGCAGAGUUAUUACCUAGACAGAGAAGCUGGUCGUGCACCAGGGGAUGCUGUUCAUAAAAUAUAUCCUGGAGCUUACAUUAAGGUGUUUGAUCUACGGCAGUGUCAUCGGCAGAUGCAGCAGCAAGCAGCCACGGCACAGGCUGCGGCUGCAGCUCAGGCGGCUGCUGUGGCUGGAACAAUCCCUGGACCGGGCUCCGUGGGGGGCAUUGCUCCUGCUGUCAGUCUGUCUGCUGCGGCCGGUAUCGGCGUGGAUGACCUUCGACGCCUCUGUAUCUUGCGACUAAGCUUUGUAAAGGGCUGGGGUCCAGAUUACCCACGACAAAGCAUCAAGCAGACCCCAUGUUGGAUCGAGGUCCACCUCCACCGCGCCUUGCAGCUUUUGGAUGAGGUCUUACACACGUUGCCCAUGGCAGACCCAAAUUCUGUGAAUUAGUCCUGCCUCCCAUGAUGAUGUAUCAGCCAGUGUGAUAUCGUUUCUGGGAAAACUUCUCUAGAGGCUCGAGAGUUCACACGUUCGGAGACAUUCACCUCUACGAGUUUUUCAAAUGUUUCACAUUGUCCCAUCUGCAAAUCGCUCCAAUCAUAUGCCAUAAGGAUGGGGUAGUACUGCGCCACAGAGAUCGUAAUUGGCACCAGAUGCAAAGAGACUAAUGAGAAGUUGAGUAGAAGCCAAAAGACUCCACAAAAUGUUUGUGACCCUGUGAAUAGUCUGGGCUCAGCAGUUUGGUGACUGAGGCAUUUUAGGACUCUUGGAAUUUGCGCCGUUUAGAAGGAGAAUUCUUCAUCUUGUAAGAUGUCGUCUAUUGUAGAAAGCCUUAAAUUUCUUCGGACUGAGCUUUACAUCACUAAAAUGCACAUCAAAUUGGGUGUCAAGGACAGCGGAUGAAACUGCAAUGGCGUUGGUAUUUUUUUAUAUAUAAAUUAACCCUGUAUUACUUAAAGACCUAUUCAAAAUUACAGGCGCCCGCUUUCACUGAGCACUUAAUGCAUUAACUUCCAAAAGAAAUAUGUAUUCACAAUCUUUUUUAUUUCUUUUUUUGCCAUUGUGGUCAAAACAAUUUGUGGCUACCUCAGUUGCAAUCUUUAAAGUUUCCUCCAACACCAAAAGAAAAGAUUGCAUCCAUAUCAAAAAGGCAAUGGUCAACUUCUAUAUAUAUAUAUUUUUUUUGUGUUUGUUUUUUAAGAUUGAAAUGAUCAUGUGCCAUUAUUAGAUAUAGCACACCAGUAAUUCAUCUGUGUCUUGCUUUUAUAUUUUAAAAAUAUUUUUUAAACAAUUUGUCAAAAUGAAUUUUACAAAUGGAAGAGUGCUUAUUUACCAUGUUUAAAAUAUUAGAAAAGACAAAGCCCUACCAAAAAUCCUCAGUAUGGGGACACGGGCACAGAUAUGGAGAAUAGUCAGUUUUUUUUGUUUUUGUUUUUUGAUACAAAGAAGGUUUUCACAAACUGUCAUAUCUUCGGACUUAAUCGAAAUAAAAUAUUUAUGUACGGUUGCUUGAAGAAAA